AGUCAAAACACUUGCCCUUCCUUUUCAAAUUAUUUCAAAAAAAAAUUAAAUUCGCAUGCUCUGAUCAAGUUAAAAUUCUAAUUUUGAAGAAUUCAUGGAUUCAGCAAUCCGAUCAUCCCCAACGAGAAGCAAAUUCGCGAAAACAUUUUCCAAAUUAACUCAUUCAAAAAAAUCCACAAAAAGUCGCGCCGGAAUUUGCAUUCCGAUCGCGCCGCAGAAGCUGCAAUGCUGCGAGUCAAAGAAGUUCGGCGAAGAAGCGAUGGCGGAGCUGCGAGACAGAGCUGCCAUGGAAGCUUUCAUCGCGAGGCUCUUCGCGGCGGUUUCCUCGGUGAAGGCGGCCUACGCCGCGCAGCAGAUGGCGCAGCUUCCGUACGACGACGCGGCGGUGCAGUCAGCGGAUCAAGCCGUCGUCGACGAGCUGCGCGCUAUGUCGGAGCUGAAGCGCCAGUUUUUGAAGAAUCAGAUUGAUUCGUCGCCGCCGCACGUGGUGGCGAUGCUGGCGGAGAUUCAGGAGCAGCAGUCGCUGAUGAAGACGUACGAAAUCACGAUGAGGAAAAUGCAGCGGGAAAUUGAUCUCAAAUCGUCGCGGAUUUCUUCGCUGAGCGAAAGUUUGAAAGAGAUUAACCGGAAUAAUAGGUUAUUGGAGAAGACGAUUAGCGCAACCGGAAGUUUCUCAGUUCUCGAAACAGUGUCGUUCCAUAGCUUAAGCAUUAGUGAUUUCGUCGUUGUGCAUAAAUACGCGUUGAGAUCUGUGAGGCAUUUUGCCAAACAGUUGAUCCGCGAAAUGGAAUCCGCCAGCUGGAAUAUCGACGCCGCUGUCAACGCGAUUCACAGCGGCGUUAAAUUCAACAGAAAGGAUCACAGAGGCUUAGUGUUCGAAUCGUUUGUUUGCAGAGAGAUUUUCAGCGGCUUCAACGAUCCUCUCUUCGGAAUCGAGAAAAUCGAUAAUUCAGAGAAGCAGCGGCGCCGGAUUUUCUUCUUCGAGGAGUUCACGAAAUUGAGGUCGGUCUCUGUGAGUCAUUUCGUCAAACACAACCCGAGCUCGAUGUUCGGAAAUUUUUUGAAAUCUAAGUAUCUUAACUUGGUACAUCCGAAGAUGGAAUUCUCGUUUUUCGGCAAUUUAAACCAGAGGAAGAUGGUGAACGGCGGGGAUUUGCCGGAAACGGAGUUGUUCAAGAUGUUUGGUGAAAUGUCGAGAAGAGUUUGGCUACUUCAUUGUUUGGCAUUUUCGUUUGGGUGUGAAGUUGGGGUUUUUGAAGCGGAGAGAAAUUCGAGAUUUUCGGAGGUGUAUAUGGAAAAUGUGUUCGCGGCGGCAGUUGGUGAUUUGAGGGUGGCGUUUACGGUGGUGCCCGGGUUUCGGUUUGGGCACACGGUAGUGCAAACCCAGGUGUAUUUAGUCCCGGGGAAAUGCUAAGUUGUAAAAUCUAGGCCAUUAAUUUACUUUUGUUUAGGCCGGUAAAAAUAUUUUGAUUUUGUGCAAUUCUUUUUAAACACUCUUCUA